AUGACUGAGAGACAGGCAGAGCGGGAGCGCCUCCGUGAGGAAAAAGAGCAGAAACGUCAAGAGCGCCAAGAGAGGCGGGAGCAGGCAGAGCGUGAGAAGCAGGCGCGCAGAUUGUUGCGGGAGGAAGAGCGAGCAAAACGUGAAGAAGAACGGGCGAAGCGGGAGGAGGAGAAGCGGCUAAGGGAUCGUGAACGGGAAGAUGAGCGAGCACGUAAGGAGGAGGUGCGUGCUCGCAGAGAGGAGGAGAAGAAGGCGAAGGAAGAACAGCGACGCAAGCGAGAGCAGGAGCGUGCGCGCGAGGAAGAGGAGAAGCGCCGAAAGAUGGAAAAGCAGCGCGCCCUUUUGAUGGGCUUUUUUGUUCAACAGAAGCUUGAGAAUUCCGCUACUAGCGCCGGCGGUGGUGGUGGUGGCAGAGGCAGUGACGAGUGCGGUGUUUCUGCUUCGCCCUUCAUGCAAUUUGAGUUGAAGAAGGAUCAGCGUCAAUCACCAGUCUGUCGAUUGAGGUCGGAGGCGUUGAGACAAGCCAAACGUCAGAAUGUGGAGGACCUCCGGCUCUCUUGGCAGUCAGGUCAAUUCGCAGUUGAUGGCGCGCGCCUUGGCUUGGUCAAGUUUGGACAGCCCAACUACCUGUAUGAGCUGCGCACUGGCCGGGUUAAGCCGCUCUCUUUUCCUCCCACUUGGCCCGUCGAAAUGCCAGAUGGAGGAGGUGUACCGUUGCAGAAUAUGGUUGCCUUGCGCUUCAACCACGGUGACUCGGGCAAUGGGGGUACGGUGUGGAUCAAGGCGAAGCUGCUGCAAUUCUUUGAGAACUACCGUCCUGCUUUCUAUGGUACUUGGCGUCGACGUAGUUACGCUAUCGGUCCUCGAAGACCCUUCACAAAAGACUGCUACCAGCUUGACUAUGAGGUCGACUCCGAUGAUGAGUGGGAGGAAGAGGAGCCGGGAGAAAACAUCUCUCAGUCGGAUGGGGAAGAGGAAGAGGAGGUAGAGGAUGAUGAGGACGAGGACGCCAAGUUUCUUGUCCCUCAUGGCUACCUCUCAGACGAUGAGGGCGUUCAUGAUGAGGACGACCUGGAAGGCAGUGUCAGCGGCAUCGAUGAUAGCGGCAGUGGUGUCGAUACUGCAGAGAUGAAGCGCCUGCGACAGCGUCUCUCUUUGGCGGAGUAUGAGGCAGCGCACAGCCGUAGCCUCCACAAACUCAAACCCCUUCUUCUAGGUCCUGUGUGGACUCGAGACCCUUUGGAAGCCUUAAGAUCUGCUGAGGUCCCAUAUAAACCCGUAUGUUUUGCAACCGAUGACGAUAAGGAGAAUCGUUUUCCCUUAAGUGCCUCUGAUAGUGCAAAGCUAAGGGCUGCAAACUGGGCGUUAUCAUCCAAAGAAGAAAUUCAAUUUACUGGAGCUGGUCUGUGCAUUUACAGGGCUCACUUAUGGCCAGGCGCAAUACUGCCGAUUGUUCCUCUAACCGGCUCCACUACUGACAUCUCCUCGGGUGGAAACAAAUCAUCCUCAAUGGAACGGUCGAAAAAACGGUUUCCUACCGAGGCCAUUCCUUACCUUAUCCGCCUGAUUCACAAGAGCGCGCUGAGUAAGGCAAAACUUCAGUUUGAGUUUCGUGUCUUCUGGCUGAAGCACACGUGGACUGGUAAGGGCGAAGCGCCGAGUUGUUGUCUUUGUUAUAAGGAGUACAGUCAGAGCUCCGAGACUGAGGUGACUGGGAGUUCCAACGUGCUCAGUAUUCAACGCCCCGCAGAAAUAAGACCACAUCAACAGCCGGGUAGCAGUGACGGUCUCCCACUCUCCAAGACACUGACUAUGAACAAAAUCAGCGAAAUCGCUGUUUUUGAAGACGGCCUGUGGCGAGUUCGCUCGGAUGUAUUGAGAACGCACAAGGAGGCGGUGCUGGCUCCCACAGGUCUUCCAAAAACCGACGAGUCGGCUUAUGAAAUUACAGAUCCAAGUUUCGUCUUCCCUCCUUGGCCCUACCUCACAGACAUCGCCAUGACCACCAUCAUGAAGCGCAAGUCCCUGCAGCCCUCUGCUGCUGCAUCGCAAUCACCACCAGUGCCACCUCAACCGUCGUCGUCGUCCUCGCCCUCUCCUGUCCCCGCCAGCCGUCUUAGGGCACCCAAACCGACUGUGGUGAAGAAGCGAGCCACUCUGGAGAGCUUCUUUUUAUCCACACCACCUCCCUCUGCGAAGCGUAAUAAGGCGGAUGGUGAGAUUGAUGAAGAGGGUAGUAGGGAAAAAGGUGGCUGCGAAGGCGCUGGCGAUCCUUAA